GACGCCCUCUCUCUGAGGGGCCUGCUGACCCUCCGCAAUCCCCUAAGGCCUUAGGGUUUCCCAGUGCUGCCCUUGCACUCCACCUGUACCUGGGACGUCGGGGCCUUGACCGUUAGAUAUCAGAUGUCAACUUGGCAGCGCGUGGGGCCAUGGCGCCUCCUGGGGACUCGGAGGACCCACAGCGCCUUGUACAGGUGGCGGCUUGAAUAGGCCGGGAACUGUCCAUUUUCCAGUCAGUCUGGCGGCGAAGUUUGGAGCUUUGAGAGCGGCCUCAGUGCGGACUACGUGAAGAGACGUCAGGUUUGAAUGGGUCGUGGAAGAUAAAUUGGAGAUUCCUUAGCAGACAAGUACUGGGAGGAAGGGCUUUCUAGGAAGAAGGAAGAACAUGUGCGAAGAUAUGGAAGAAUGAAACUUUGGUGAAAAAAUCCUAUUCUAAGAACUCAGGCACUCAGGUCUCCACCAUGGUAUUGGGUCCUGAACAGAAGAUGUCAGAUGACAAUGCUUCUGGAGAUCAUGGGGACUCUGCCAGUCUUGGUGCCAUCAACCCUGCCUACAGUAACUCCUCUCUUUCGCAAUCUACCGGGCACUCAGAUGAGCCGUUUGCCACCUACUUUGAUGAGAAGAUCACCAUCCCAAAGGAGGAAUACUCUUGUUUUAGCUUUCGUAAACUCUGGGCUUUCACGGGACCAGGCUUUCUUAUGAGCAUUGCCUACCUAGAUCCAGGAAACAUCGAAUCCGAUUUGCAGUCUGGAGCAGUGGCUGGUUUUAAGUUGCUCUGGAUCCUUCUGUUGUCCACCAUCGUGGGGCUGCUGCUCCAGCGCCUUGCAGCUAGACUGGGAGUGGUCACUGGGCUGCAUCUUGCUGAAGUGUGUCACCGUCAGUAUCCCAAGGUCCCACGAAUCAUCCUAUGGCUGAUGGUGGAGUUGGCUAUCAUUGGCUCAGAUAUGCAAGAAGUCAUUGGCUCAGCCAUUGCCAUCAAUCUCCUGUCUGUAGGAAGGGUUCCUUUAUGGGGUGGAGUUCUCAUCACCAUUGCAGAUACCUUUGUAUUUCUCUUUUUGGACAAAUAUGGCUUGCGGAAGCUAGAAGCAUUUUUUGGCUUUCUCAUCACUGUUAUGGCCCUUACAUUUGGAUAUGAGUAUGUUACAGUGAAACCCAGCCAGAGCCAGGUACUCAAGGGCAUGUUUGUGCCAUCCUGUUCAGGCUGUCGCACCCCACAGAUUGAGCAGGCUGUGGGCAUCGUGGGAGCUGUCAUCAUGCCACACAACAUGUACCUGCAUUCUGCCUUAGUCAAGUCUAGACAGGUAAACCGGGCCAAUAAGCAGGAAGUUCAAGAAGCCAAUAAGUACUUUUUCAUUGAAUCCUGCAUUGCUCUCUUUGUUUCCUUCAUCAUCAAUGUCUUUGUCGUCUCCGUCUUUGCCGAAGCAUUUUUUGAGAAAACCAACGAGCAGGUGGUUGAAGUCUGUAAAAAUAGCAGCAGUCCCCAUGCUGGCCUCUUUCCUAAUGAUAACUCAACACUGGCUGUGGACAUCUACAAAGGGGGCGUUGUGCUAGGAUGUUACUUCGGGCCUGCCGCACUCUAUAUCUGGGCAGUGGGGAUCCUGGCUGCAGGACAGAGCUCUACCAUGACAGGAACCUAUUCUGGCCAGUUUGUCAUGGAGGGAUUCCUGAACCUAAAAUGGUCACGCUUUGCCCGAGUGAUUCUGACCCGUUCUAUUGCCAUCAUCCCCACUCUGCUCGUUGCUGUCUUCCAAGAUGUAGAGCAUCUAACAGGGAUGAAUGACUUCCUGAAUGUUCUGCAGAGCUUACAGCUUCCCUUUGCUCUCAUACCCAUCCUGACACUUACGAGCUUGCAGCCAGUAAUGAGAGAUUUUGCCAAUGGAAUAGGCUGGAGGAUUGCAGGCGGGAUCUUGGUCCUUAUCAUCUGUUCCAUCAACAUGUACUUUGUAGUAGUUUAUGUCCAGGAACUAGGGCAUGUGGCCUUGUAUGUGGUGGCCACUGUGGUCAGUGUGGCUUAUCUGAGCUUUGUGUUCUACUUGAUUUGGCAAUGUUUGAUUGCUUUGGGCAUGUCCUUCCUGGACUGUGGGCACACGUACCACCUGGGAUUGACAGCUCAGCCUGAACUCUACCUUCUGAACACUGUGGAUGCUGACUCACUUGUGUCUAGAUGACUGACAGCCUGAGAGACUAUAUCAGAACCAUUUUCCCUAAGCCCUUUUGUGCCAAGUAUCCUGUUAACAUAUCUCUGUUAAUUCAGAGGU